AAAGAAGGCAUCACUCAUUAGGCUGGCAGCCCCCCCGGGGUGAUCCACUGACCCGGUCCCUCUUUCAUUCCAAGUGGGCCCCUUUCGAGAGUUUUUUGUCUUCACUUCUCUGGUGCACGUGAGCCCCCCUUUUCCUCUCUCUCUCUCUCUGCGCUUUCAAACUCACCUUCCCCCUCCCACUUAACUCCACUCUCUAUCACGAUUCAGAUCUCAUUCUCAUUUCCCUCAUUUCACCGUUCAUGAUUCCUCCUUCCACUUACCUUCCUCUGUCUCCUCCAUGUCUUCUCCUUCAACCUCUUCCUUUCCCAUCUUCACUCUCUGCAUCCUCCUCCUCAGCUUCCUAUCGCAGCUUGCUUCUGCUCACACUUGUUCUUCACACCCACAAACGUCGUCUUCUUCUUAUUCUCCUUGCCCACCUUUCACUUCGAAUCCUCCUUUUCCAUUCUCUUUCUCACCAGGCUGUGGCCACCCUUCCUUCCAAAUUCAAUGCUCUACUCCUCAUUCUCUCAUCUCCAUUAACAACAUAACUUUCUCUGUUCUUAGUUAUAACCCCAAUUCUUCUUCGCUUACCCUAUUGCCUAAUCUUGAUGAUGCAUCAGAAGCAGCAAGUUCAGCCGCCCGCAGAAAUUGCUCCACUCCUCGCUUACUUUCUAUUCUCAAUCGUUCUAUUAAUCUCUCUGGCUCUCCUUUCACAAUCUCCGAUGCUCUCUGUUCCCGACUCUCUGAUAUCCAACCUUGCUCGCCUCCCAGUCUGCCAAACUGCAGCCACUGUCCGUGGGAAUGUAGCCUCAUCAAGAACCCGGCUCACCUCCUCCGUGGCUGCGGAUCUGCCCGUCGCUCCGUUUCAGACUCAGACGGUCGCUGCGAAAGUGAUGUUUUGGGGUAUCUCGACAACAUACUUGCUCGAGGGAUGGAAGUCGAGUGGAAUGAAGCUCAAGAUCCUUACUUUUCAAGCUGCAGAAACUGCAGCGCCAACAAGGGAGUUUGUGGAUUCAAUUCAUCGGACCCACACAACCAAUUUAUGUGCCUUCUCUCCAAAUCUGAAUCUGGUUUUUCGCCUGGUUGGAUUCGAAGGGUGAAUCCCAAGCGUAACACAGUUUUGUCCCUUGUCAUCCCUUUAAUGUUGCUGCUGCUUUUUGUUUCUGUCGCUGCUGCAAUUUUCCGCUCGAGGAGAUUCAAGUCAUCGAAGACAGAGGAGGACCCAACAAUCCUUUUUCUUCACAACCAGCGCUCGGCUAGUCUUCUUCCUCCCGUCUUCACCUACGAGGAACUGGAGGCUGCCACUAAUCGGUUCGACUCGAAACGCAAAAUUGGCGAUGGCGGGUUCGGGUCGGUGUACCUGGGGCAGCUCCACGAUAGCAGAAUCGUCGCCGUGAAGUACCUCCAUAAGCACCACGCGGAGGUCGCCGCGGGACGAGCUUUUUCCACCAAGUCUUUUUGCAACGAAAUUUUGAUUCUAUCUUCCAUCGACCACCCGAAUCUAGUCAAGCUUCACGGGUAUUGCAGCGACCCGAGAGGAUUGCUUCUAGUCUACGACUAUGUCCCCAACGGAACCCUCGCAGAUCAUCUUCAUGGCCCCAAGAGUUCAUUCCAAAAAGGGUCUCUCACGUGGCAAGUGAGGCUCGAUAUUGCUCUACAAACAGCAUUAGCCAUGGAGUACCUUCACUGCUCAGUUGUGCCCCCGAUAGUUCACAGAGACAUCACUUCGUCCAACAUCUUCGUGGAGAGGGACAUGAGGAUUAAAGUUGGAGACUUUGGGCUGUCUCGGCUAUUGGUUUUGCAGGAUUCAUCGUCGUCUUCAACUGGGUAUGUCUGCACCGGCCCCCAAGGUACACCCGGAUACUUGGAUCCGGAUUACCACCGGUCGUUCCGAUUAACGGAGAAGAGUGACGUGUACAGCUUUGGGGUGGUGUUGCUGGAGCUGAUUUCCGGGUUGAAGGCGGUGGAUCAGAGCCGUGACAAGCGGGAAGUCGCGUUGGCCGAUCUGGUGGUCUCCAGAAUCCACAUGGGUCAGCUGAAUCAGGUAGUGGACCCUGUUUUGGCGAAGGAAGAAGUGAUGGACGCCGUCGCCGCGGUGGCGGAGCUGGCGUUCCGUUGCGUGGCGGCGGACAAGGACGACCGCCCGGACUCAAAAGAAGUGGUGGAGGAGCUGAAGCGGGUACGGAUCCAGACCCAGGCGGGGCUUCGAUCGGCGUCGAAUUCCCACGCAGGUGCUGAAGUGAGGGAUUGUGGAUUGUGAGAUUGGAUGGGCCCAAAAUGCCCUGUGGUGUUUGACUAUCUCAGUUCACUUUUGUCGACUAGUCAAACGGACCCCACGAGAACGAUAAUUCCACGUUGGACUUACUCGCACGAGGGAUUUGUUUGGUUGGAUGAAAGCGUCAGCGGCCCCUCCGUACGGGAUUUGAGAGGUUUUAAAUUUACACCAGAGCCUUCUCCAACUCCUACCUCAUGUCACCUCAGAAUAUUUUGUGAGUAAAUAUCUUGUAUUUCCACUCUCUGUGCUUUGGAGAUCAAGCACAUUUCGUCUUUGUAAUAUAUGCCAUGCUACUCUUCAAGCCCUUUUAAUUUGCAAAUUGUAAAUUGAUGGGCGAGUUUAAACCAUUUUGGGAGGAGCAUACAGAAUGAGAGCCAGAGCAGCGGGUGACUAAGAAUAAAUGAAAUAUAAUAAUGAAUAAACUUUGAAAA